AUGUGCGACCAGAAUAGCUUACACCAUGCGCCUCAUCCAAGAUAUCGGUCGGGUAGAAGAAAGCGGGAGUCAAACUUGAGGCGCAAUCGCUUAAUAUCCGCUUUGUUGUUGGGCUACCAUAGCCAAAAUGGCAACCGGAAGACAGCAUCCGACUCAGAUAGGGAUGUGCUUGGAAAUGCGUUCCCCGACAAUCGGCCCCUGAAGGUCGUCUGCGACUCCAGCGGCAUCCUCUCCCUGGUUGCCAACGUUUACAAUAAGGAAGGGGCGGAGUUCCUAGCCAAGGACACACGGGGCAGCGCCCACCAGAUACGAACGGCAAUCCAAGAGAAUGGUCGUAUAUAUCAGGGACAAGGAACUGGGAGCUACAUGCUACCAUGCGAUGAACUCGAGAAGGACCGUCUGGAUUUCAUCCAUACCAUGGUGAUGAAAGCGCUGCGCUCCGACCGACCGAUUCACGUCCCCCAUCCUGAAAUGGUCGCUUCUUAG